AUGGGUGGUGGCGAUCUGAAUACGAAAAAGUCAUGGCACCCGAACACGAUGAAAAACCAGGAGCGCGUUUGGAAGGCAGAACAGCAAGAAGCAGCCGAAAAGCGUCGGCUGAACGAAUUGCGCCGCGAAAUAGACGAAGAACGGAAUCGGGAAGAGCUGAAAAGUAUCGGACAAAAAUCAGGCAUCCUUCCAACCGAUGACAGUGAUAAGAAGCUCGAGUGGAUGUACCGUGGCCCGUCACAGUUGGUCAAUCGAGAAGAGUAUCUGCUCGGGCGCACCAUCGACAAAACGUUCGAAGAGCUGGAUGCACAGGAAAAAGCGUCCAAUUCCACGUUCGGUGUUGCACAGCCGAAAAAUCACGUCGAGCAUGAGUGUAUACCGUUUUCCAUCCGACAGCACAAGGAUGUGCUUAGUAACGAUCAGGUAGAUCUUGCACGAAAGCUCAUGGAGGAUCCGUUGAUGAUGAUCAAGCAAAAGGAGAUGGAAUCCCGGCAGAAGAUUCUUCAGAAUCCGGUUAAACUAAAGGAACUGCACCGAUUGCUAAAAGGCGACCAAAGUUUAAAGAAUUCGGAGGAAAAGAAAGUCAAAAAGAAGGAUAAAAAGGCUAAGAAAAGCAAGAAAAGCCAAAAGAAGAAGAAAAAGAGUAAAAAGCACAGCGAUAGCAGCGGAUCUGGAAGCGAUAGCGACGGAAGCGCCGAUUUGGAUAAGCUGUUGGCGGAGAAAUAUAAAAAAGUGGCAGGAGAACACCAAGACGGUGUUAGCAUUGACAAAUUGCUCAGCAUGAAGUAUGCAAAACUAUCCCAAGGGCUGGAUGUGAUGGGCAGCAGUGGUACGAAGAAGAAAAAACAACGACGCGGUCGAAGUGAAAGUUCCAGUUCUUCAGAUGCGAAUAGAAGAGAAUCGCGAAAGCGCCGAUCCAACAAUCGAUCCCCAGAGCGCAAGAUAUACCCGACGAAAGACAAACACAGUCGUCGUUCCCGGUCGGUAUCAGCGGAAAAGAAAUCCCAAAAGGAUAUUAAACGUCGAUCCCGUUCACGAUCGACCUCAACGCACAGAAAAAGGCCGAAGGACACAAAGCGUCGAUCUCGUUCCCGAAGUCCGCGUCGAAGAAGUUGUACUCCAGUAAAACAGAAACCUGCAACAAAAUCCCGAAGGACACCUUCUGCCAGCUCAUCAUCGUCAGAUUCUGACGCAACGGAACAACCUACACAAUCACGACCGUUCACUGGCGAUUCAGACGAUGAAAGACGAAUAAAAAAGAUACGAAACUUUGGACUCGUAACCGCUUCCGGCGAAAAGCUAGAUACCUCAUCGUCGCGUCCAGAAGUCCGACUGUACAAGCGGGAAGAAAUAAAAGCAGAACAAUCGAAGCAGAAACCAACCUGGACCAAACCAAAGGAAACGAAACGACCGCUUAGUGAGAAGGAGCUAGAGGAGAAGCGUCUAGCCAUGAUGAGCAACGCACAAUGGCGUGAAAAGGAACGGGAAUCAAACGUGAAGCGGUACGAGUCGGAAGAUCAUCGGGAGGAGUCUGCGACGGCAUGCCGGGAGUAUGAUAAAGAGUUCCUGACCAAGCAACUCAAGCGUGCGGCAGCCAGUGAAACGGUCGAAUCGCGCAUCCGAUCGAAUCGCAACAACAUUCAACGGUCGAAUGGUGCCAUGGACAGAAAUUUUGUGAAGCGAUAA